AGAAAACCUCAGAGGAAAAAAAAUCGUUGUGCACCGAGUUUGUGCACCUUUUUCGGUAGUGCAGAAAAAUAACAAAGUUUGCCAAGAUCCGAAAAGCGAAAGAAACGGAUUCGUGAAGUGAAAAGAUUCCGCUUUUAAUCGAAUCUUCCGCGGCAGCAUCGGUGAUUUUACGAAAGGCCAGUCGAGAGCAGCUCCGUCGUCAAUCUAAUUGCGUGUCAUCUUGCGAUUCUCCCCGCAGCUGGUGGGGGAGGGAGAGGAGUAACUGGAGAUAAAUCAACAGUAAACACGCGUGUGGAACACCGGAGGUGAGGAAACGGGAAGAUCCCACAGAUGGCGUCCCCACAGCAGGAUCUGAAUAACGAAGAGAAACCGCGAACGGAGGAUGUGAUUUUGGAACAGGCAGUUCGCUUCACCGAAAUGCACAUGUCCGAACCCGUGCGUAACGCUCUCAGCAAAAAUGGAUUCACGUUGGCAUCUCCGAUACAGGCCCGGGCCGUUCCGCUGGCCUGUUGUUUCUUUGAUUUGCUCGUCCAGGCAAAGGCAGGAACAGGGAAAACGCUGGUGUUCGCCAUCGCCAUCGCUGAAGCGCACAAACCGAACGUCGGAUUUCCACAAUCGCUCACCAUCGUUCCGACGCGUGAGGUGGCCGUGCAGGUGGAGGGAGUGCUGAACAUGAUCGGUGCGGAGGUUCCGAAAUUCCAGGCCCGUAGCUUUAUCGGCGGCAUGGAGAUUAGUGUGGACCGGAAGAAUCUGCAGAACUGUUCGGCAAUCGUCGGUACACCCGGCCGGUUGUUGCAUCUGAUUAAAAGCAAUGUCCUCAACACUUCGUACAUCCGGACGCUCGUGCUGGACGAGGCGGAUACACUGAUCGAUAAGAGCAUGCGCGAGGAUAUCAAGAAAAUUAUUCGCGCUCUCCCCGAGAAACGCCAGACGAUCAUUUGUAGCGCCACGUUUUACAACAAUCGCGAUCGGGAGCUGUUGAAGUUCAUGAACGAGAAGUACAUCGCCGUUACACCGAAGCGAGAGGUGCCGAUGCUGUACGGCAUCAAGCAGUUCGUUCGGGAGCUACCGGAGGAGAGUGACAGUGUGAAGGAUCUGAUGGCGAAAGUGGUCGCGAUGUCGGAACUGUUCACCAGGAUUCCCUUCCUGCAGUGCGUGGUGUUUGCGAACACGACGGCCAAGGCGGAAGCGUACUGUAUGUACCUGCGCAAGGCAGGCUGGCAACCGGAGCUGAUCAACAGUGGGAUGGAGCAGCGCUUACGGUUGAAGGCGAUGGAAGAUUUCCGUACGAUCCGAUCGCGUAUGCUGGUAGCCACGAAUCUGAUCGCACGAGGAAUCGAUGUGGACAAUCUCAAUCUCGUGGUGAAUGCCGACGUGCCAAAGGAUCACGCUACGUAUCUGCAUCGGAUCGGUCGGGCAGGACGCUUCGGUACGCACGGAAUCGCGGUUACGCUCGUGUCGGGCGUUAGCGAUAUGGAACGCUUUCGGCGUAUUCUGCACGAUAUAGGCGGUAAUGAAAUGUUCGUGCACCGGUUACCGGAGGCGCCCGGUGGAGGGUUAUCGGAGCUGAAGGAUAUUUGGAAUUUCGCCGAGUAUGGCAACAAGUACGAGAAAAUGUAUGCCUCCCAGAUGGAGCAGGAAAUUCGUGAUCGUGACAUCGAUCAGCUGUUCCUGAAAGCGAUGAAAAUGAAUGGCACAUCAUCGACCGGGCAGGAGAGCAUUGAGAAAACAACGAACGGAGACGGAGCCCCAAAGCUGCCCGGUGGUGGUCGUAAUAAUAACGAGGAACAGCACCACACCAAACAGCAGCAGCCGCCGCCGCCGCCGCCGCUAGAUGAUAGUCUGGAGAAAUCCACCUCGGACGAGGAAACGGUCGUCGAGCUGGAACGCGCAACAAACGGCCAGGAGACGGGCCCCGGAACGAAACCAGUGAAUGGAUUCAGCAAUGGCGAGAACAACGGGGUAGAAGAGAAUGGGAAUGUAUCGCCCGAUGGUUCGAACAGUAUUCAAAGCGGCGACAAACGGGUAGCCGGACCUCGAAAGCAGGAUUCACUGAAUGGCAAUAGCAAGAAGCUGGCCGAACCCGAUCGCCCAGUGCCCAGCCCAGUGAACAAUGCUGUGGACGACGAUGAUGACCGAUCAUCGUCAUCAUCAUCAUCAUCUUCCUCUUCUUCUGGCCAUUCGCCAAAACCGGGUCCUUCGAGAAAUGGUAUUAAGGCACUAUCGCCACCGCUGCAGGCCACGGGUGCAGAACUAGCGAACGGAUUUACCGUUGCAACAACGAACUCUUUAAUAGAACCGAUCGUUCUCGGUGUGCAGCAGCUAACGAUGAACGAGAUCAUGAUCGCUGGCGAUGAGUCCGAUGGGGGUAGCAGUAGCUCCUCGCUCAGCACAAACGUCACGGAGAAGGUGGAGGUUGGAUCGGACUUCAAUGCACCCCUAGCUCGGCUUAGUCAAAUACCGGACCCACGGGCGGAUCGUCAAAUACGUUCGGUUGAUUGUUCCGAUCUCGAGCACAGCUCGGACAGUGAAUCGAACGUAAACGAGUGUCCCCCAUUCGAGACGAACAAUGAUGCACUGUUUGCAAAGAUCAUGGAACAGAAGGAACUGAACGUGGAACAGCAGGAGCACCAGGUGCAGCUGCAUUCGAUCGACGGUUGCAGUCUCGAGGUACAUGACGAUACAAUUAGCGAUCGGGGGCUGUCGCGGAAAGGCUCGGUACCGGAUGUCGUUCCGUCGGGCAUAUCGUUGGAUUCAUCGCGACUUCACAACCGCACAACGGCCGAAGUGGUGGAUCAUGGUGGUGAUGUACGUGGUAUCGUUGAUAGGCGCGCAGUGGAAGAGCUCGAUGGGGAGGAGAUCGAACUGAACUCGAACACGUGCGGUUCGAACCGUGGUUCCCUGUUCGAGGACGAAGAGGACGAUGACGAGGUCGAUGACGUGGAGGAUGUGAUACAGGCGAAGAUCCCGAAAAGGAUUCGCUUCCAGCAGCAACAGCACGAUUCCCUCGAGCUCAACUCCAAUACGGUCGGUUCGAAUGUUGGCUCCACGCCCGAACCACCGGAAAUGAUCGAUCAACCGAUGCUGCUACCACUAUCCACCAUCCCGAUCGAGGCCGAUCCCAUCGAUGAACCGCACGAUGACAUGGACGAUGCGAGCUCUUACUCCUCCGAGUACGAUAGUGACGGCUCGAAUUCAUCCUUCUUCGACGAUGUCGAUCGCAUCUCGGUUACGUCCGCCAAAUCAACGCCCAAAGAGGCGGCCAAUGAGCUGAUGGCAGCAGCUGGCCCUUCCGGAGUGGCUCAUGGUGGUGCCGUUGCAUCCGGAAGCCUCGAGCAAAUUGUGACCUCCAAUCCGGUCUCGGUGGCGCCUUCGCCGCUGUUCGUCGGUGGCAUAGCCGGAGUGUCGGGGGUAGGGGUGAUCCCAACGGCUGGCCCAACAGUCAUACCCUUGCCCUCCAACCCACCAGUGAUUCCCGUAAGCAAUGCACCGCUGGAGGAGGAAACGGUACCCCAAAGAGCCGGUGGUAGCGCCGCUCCGUUCCUUCCUACGGCGCACUUUAUGCGGCAACCAAAUCGAACACCAACGCAGAGCCCGGAUGUACAGGCGACAGCCCUCUAUCAUCGUACGUACGCCCUCUGGAGCAACCAGUACUGGAACCAGCUAACGCAGAUCAACGAUUACGUUCGGUUUUCGAGCUACGCGCGGCGCAAUACUUAUCGAAGCCCUUAGAUGAAAAAAGCCAGCAGGAAGAGGAGAGAGAGAGAGGUCAGGGUCGUGCGAGGAGUGUAGGAAUGAAUGCAAAUUUUAAAUUUGUGAUGUGAACUAAUCACGGAGAACGGAGGGUCAACUGAUGGAAGGGGGAAAGGGGUGCUAUUUACCGUUGUUGACUUGAUCACUUAGCCACUCCGAGCGGUCGUUUGAUCGGUCGCAGGUCGCAGAGACAUUCUUAUACUUACACAACAGGAAAGCAAAAACUUGCAAACAUAUAUUUAUAUAUAUCAACAAAAAGAAAGACUCGCCUCGCACUAACCUUCGCCGUAGCGUUGUGCGCGCUUAGUGCUUAGUUCGCUCCAUUACGGUGCGCGUUCUCUUCUCUGCCUAUCCCAAACCGCCCUCCCCAUCAGAGACAGAGACAGACAUUAAACAACAUCAGAUUAUUCUGAUUAUCAGUUGUGUGGGGUGUGCGCGAGUCUUGCUCGGAGCUUUAAGCAAAUCUAGCCUCUAAGUGGGGAGGAGGGGGAGCAAAAACGGGAAGCGAAGAAAAGUAGAGGGACACCGGUGUUUCUCACAUUAUGUGGAUAGAAGUUUGCGUAGGAUCUUGCGAUCGUUUAAGUAUAAAUAUCUAUUUUUUUACCCUUGUUUUGCCUGGAAUAUUAUCGUGUUUUUUGCUCUGUUUGUUUAUUUAACACACUGCCAAGUGCAGCGCUAAACUAACAAUGAACUACAUGUAAACGGCAUGAAAUAUGUGCGGAAAUAAACCAAUGUACACCAUCAUCUCAACAAAUCUCGUACCACGU